AUGGAACAGCCGAGCCGCAAAAGAGGCCCCGCGUUGCCAGUGAGGCCCGGGAUUCUUUUCAAGGUCAGGAGGGUCUUCGGCUUAGCCGAUUCUCCUAGAGCCUGGUACGAACAUCUCCUUCGAACCCUUAAAAGCAAGGGUUGGACGCCUUCGCGCGUUGACGGUGCUCUCUUUUACAAGUGGAGCCCGGACGGGGCCUGGGAAGGAGUGAUGCUCACUCACGUGGAUGACAUCCUUGUCACAGGUGGCUCCAGCGCGAUCGCCAGCUUCGAGGAGAUUGGAAAAGAACUUGGUUUUGGGAGCAUAGAGAAAAGUAAGUUCACCUUCUGCGGGAAGAACUUGCGCAAGCACCCGUCUGAGAUCACGGUGGAUAUGCACAAGUAUCACCGGAACCUCCAGAUCCCUGUAGUGUCUAGGGAGGCGAGAGAGGACCUCGGGAGGGCCUUAAACCAAAAGGAGCUGCGGGAGCUUCGCGCCCUAAAUGGUUCCCUCCAAUGGCUGGUUGCCCAGCUGAGGUGUGAUGUUGCCUUCCAACUUUGCGAAGUGCAAGUUGCUAAGCCAACAGUGGCCACGUUGCUCAAAGCCUGUAGCCUGGCAAGAGACUUGAAGGGCGACCCCGACUUCGUCCUCACCUUUCGUCACACGAACUGGCUCGAAGGUGGUCUUGUGGCCGUCUCAGACGCCGCCUUGGACAACGUCAACUCUGAUGGAAGCGUGGAAGAGCCUAAGUUGUUCAGUCAGAGUUGCUACUGCGUCCUACUUGGAGGACCUGAGUUGGUGAACGGAAAGAGGUCCGUGUUCAACGUCUUGGACUUUAGUUUUAGGUCACACAAGCUACAGCGGGUGUGCCGGUCUUCCCACGGAGCGGAAACCUUCGGAGUCGAAGAAUCCUUGGAUGCUGCUGAACUCGUGAGAGCGAUGGUUGCAGAAGCAAGAGGGAUCGACAUCCUGGCCCCUGGCGCUCACUACACAGUGUGUGCGGUACCGUUGACGGUGGUGACCGACGCGAAGGACACCUUUGAUCGCGUCUCCAAGGACACCGGUUUCGGGGCUCAGAAGUCGUUGGUUCUGACGUUGGCGCUUCUGAGGCAGCUCCUUCGGCGUCCUCUGACCUCCAUACGUUGGACCGAUACGGCCAACAUGUUUGUAGACGCCGGAACAAAGGCGAUGGACUGCAGCCACUUGCGUCGAGUCUUGUGCAGUGGAACGUGGUCCAUAGAAUAUAAUACGGAGUUCGUAAAGCAGAAGGUCAAGUCCAGAAAAGAACCUCCUGCGCUUCUUGAAGGUGGCGAACAGCUCCCUGGCGAAGAGUUGAAGGCGGAGCAUCGUGAACUGAGGCGCUACCUAGAGAACUUUGGUUCUAAGCCUGGGUGGCAUUGGAUAGGAAGUGCUCCCAAGCAAGACCACCGCUGGCAAGUUCCUGCUGGAAAGGAACCGAAGCGAAUGGAGGUUCUCACCUUCUGCGGCUCCCCUUUGGCCAGUGAUCCAGAGUUCGGCCCGGAGGUGGCAAACCCUGAGCUGGCGGGGGUCAACUUGAACCACUGGGAGAAGGAGGUCACCGGUGAAGGGAGGAACUGGGGCAUCACGCACUUCGACAACGUCGCGGCGGCCUUCCUGGUGGUCUUCCAGAGCGUCACCCUUGAGGGCUGGUCCGACAUCAUGGCCUUCGUGCAGGAUGCCCAAUCCACAGUGGUGGGCUUCGUCUACUUCCUCCUGCUGAUUGUCUUUGGUGCCUUCUUUCUAGUGAACGUCAUCUUGGCUAUCAUCUGGGACGUCUUCCUCAGUGUGCCCAGGCUGAGAGGACAGCAAAUGGUUUAG